AUGUCCAGAUGUUUUGUUGUACUAACAAAGAAGGAACAACACUACAAUGGACUUUUCGACAGCUUCAUCAGGAAAGAUGACUUGACCAAACAGGAAUUUGUGAAUUUCUUGAACAGUUGCAAAAAGGAGGUUUCUGAAUUGAGAGAAUCUGUAGAGAGCUUUGCGAUGAGAGAAUUCGAUGCAAGAAUAAUUCCAAAAAGGGGCAAGUAA